AGCAGUGACAUCUACAUGGGUUUUACUCGCACGUUGAUGUCCCAGUUAGCGAGUACGUCGUCAGCGGGACCCCCGAAGUCGUAGGCAGUGGGAGAGGAGUACACGAGGGAACGUUAACAGUUGUUGGGAUAUACCUUGCUCUCGUCAGUCACCACUCCGGACACACCUACUUGUAUCGAGCAUCUAGCGUGUGCAGCCCUUCCACCUGCAGGGUCGAGGUCACUCAAAACAACAAUUCGAACCAACAACAAACGGAUCCUACCAAUGAAGGUGGAAGUCACACCGUUGCGCUUAGAACAAGGGUUCCACCCAUAAGAUUUUAGUGCACUGAGAAGCAGUGAAAGCAGCAUUCCCGCGCUACGUAGGAUGUUAGUGUUGACACACGCCUCGUGAAGAGCUCGCUAACUUGGAGUAAGUUGAACACUGAGCGCUGAUCGUUUUCCGUUCUCCGCGUAACAGAACAGCUUUGCGGUGCUACUGGGAGAGUAUAGAGAUAGCAGUGUUUGUGUAUUUGGUGCCAUCUGCGGUAUAGGAACACCGGGGAAUAGCCUUGAUAUCGCGGGACAGCUAUCAUACUUUACACUGACGGUCUGACAGCUGUACAGGAGGGGCCAGCGCAUCGUAACCUCGUGGCUGGAGAGAGUGGUGUUUACAAAGAUCCAUAAUUGAAGAUAUACGCGCUUUGAGCGCGGAGUGUUUAUACCGAGUGAGUGUACUCGUUGGAUAUUACAGAAGCUUCAGUGAUCGAGUGCAGUUCGGAGUCUUCAGCUAAGCGCUGUGGAGAGACUAGCUAAUUAAGCAUCUUGCUUGCUGUUAUUCCAUCACGGCUUUCGAUUUGGUGUCUGUAGCAGGAAUCAGCUGAUCGCUUUGUGGCGACGAAACAAAGAACAGUGCUGCCAAUGUCGUUCUUUGCAGGAAUCGGGUAUUGUGUUACUCUGUGGUGAAAAUCGGUGGAAAUACACCAGCGUGCAGUGCUAUCGACUUGAGGAGGAGAAUACAGGCGUUUAGCCUGACCAAAUAGCCAUUGUCCGUUUAUUGUCUCUGCGGGACAAUGAGUCGAAGGGCUAGUUUGUUAGCUAAACAGAAUAAGUGUAAACCCAAAGUUCGAUUCCCGGAUGAAUUGGUGUUUCUGGAUAACAUAAAGGAGAAUGAUUUGAACGCUGUCAGCACGAUGUUGAGGCGAGCAUCGCUCAAGGUCAACAUCAACGAAAUCAACGACGUAGGGUUAACUCCCCUUCACCAAGCUGUGCUCGAUGGAAACUGUGACGCUGUUCGCCUAUUGGUUAAUCACGGUGCUGACGUCAACAUGCUGGAUGGAGAUCAUUGGACGCCUCUUCAUGCGGCAUGCGCAGAAGGGCACGCUGAUAUUGUCCGGUUUCUACUGAAAAAAGGCGCAGAUCGACACAUCCUGACAGCUGAGGGUGAGCGUCCCCUUGACCUCGUUGACCCCACCGACGUGGACGUUAUCAGCAUCAUGCUUGCAAGCCAGGCAGCAUCACAGACAACGUUGGAGUCAGAUGACGACCUUGACGAUUCCAACGAAGAAGAUUGUGACAAGGAAAAUGGCAACACGUGAUGGGGCGAGGUAUGACGACUCCAGCAGUGUACGACGGACAUUAACAUGGCUGUGCUCACUGGAGUAAAGACCUCGAAGAUGCAACAGAUAAUCAGUGGUGCACAACGGGUGGAGUCGACAACUGCUACGGCAACCUCAACGAUGUAGCAGUGAUGUACUAGUUUAUGGAGAUGGUACAUGGUCGUGUAAAUGCGUCGCAAUGAGAUACGCGCAUCCUGUGCAACACCAUUGGAUGGCUAACUGGAUAGUUUAAACCCGAACCUGCGGAUUUGAUCCUGCGCUUCAAUGGUGACCUUUCUUCAUCUUUACUAAGCUUUGUGCAACAUUGACCUUCGAUUCACUGCUGAUCAAAAUUUAGUAUCAUGUUGAAAAACCGACCAACUAGAUGGAUCACCUUUGUCAGCCCAUUCCUUAUGGUCCUUGACCAAUAAACAUAAGUGUUCCUAACAACCAAUAACAAUGCUUCUUUCUGACGCACUUUCUAUGUGACCAAUCCAGUCCAGGAAUUUGUGACAAUCAGAUCAGGACUUUGUGACCUAUUAACAGCAUUAUCAUAACCUAAGGGUACGUCCUACCGCUCAACGAUCAGUCGCAUAUCAACGCAUGGUGCAUCCACGUAACAUUCUGUUACCGAUUCUGAAGUUUAUUUAAAAAAUAAACCUUUGACUUUGACGAGUGUGUUACCGUGUGCCUGUGGUUCUUUGAAGUGACGUGUUUGUUCUGAUCGCGGCUCUCGCUGUACCUCACCUGUGAUUGUUGCUGUGACCUUUUCAAGAACCGAAAAAUGUGUUAUAGUGUUGGUUUAAUUGUGCCGGACUUGUGAAGACACUUCAUCAUUCUGCAGCAAUGGACACAGGCUUCUCUUGCCAGAUAUUGUGUUGCAUCAUCUACCGUGGCAGCAAAAUGUGCAACAUCGUUGUCUUGUUUAUGAUGUAGGUUGAUAUAGUGUGGCUAGAGGUUAAUUCAAUUCAGCCAAAUAUACUGUCGGGCUAAAAAAAGUAUACACCUGAAAAUUGGAUUUGACCAAAACAUUACAAACGUUACCAAAACGUAACUCGUCUCUAACAGUGGAAGGUCCAAAACAACCGUGACACCCAUGUCACGUGCAUCACCAUCGAAACAAAAAUUCGUGUUUGUUGUAUUUUCAACCACCACCAAAUAUAGGUGUAUGCGUUCUUUUGCUCGGCAGUUUAGAAAUGGCGUUAGCAGUAUUUACAACCUCAAAUGGUCUCUUUGGGCCUCGAAUACCCUUAGGUGUAAAAUUAUGUCUACAGAAAGUGCCAUGAGUUGUGAUUUGUCCAUUUAGUGUCUUUUGUGAGCUAUAGAAUCGGCUCAGACAGAAAAUAUAAAAAGACUGUCCCAAUAACCUGAAACGUAACGAGAACUUAUGUAAAGAACUAUCAACUAUAAGGAACAGUUGUAUAGCUUUCCAGUAGAAAUUAGCGUUAUUGUUUCGGAUGUAUCGAUUUGUAGUUCAAGAUCAGAUGCGGUUUCUUACUCCUGGAGUUCAUACGUAAUUAAAGAGUGGCGACAUGCUAGCUUGCUCGCCGGAUACGACCUUUGACUCGAUGGUGACUGAAUACAUUUGUACAAUCAAUGAAUUUUAGAAUCUUAAAAUAGAAAAUUUAGUUUAUAUAUUCAUUAGAUCUGGGUAGAUUAUGAGUAUAUAUCUGCCCUAAUACGGGUACAUUAUUGUGGAAACACAAUGCCUGGUCAAAUGUAACGUGUGUUAUAAUGGGGAUUCGCUUCCUCAGCGAAGUAGAGAUUCUAGUGCUGAUUUUGUGUGAUGCGAUUAGGUGCCUUAUUCUGAGAAUGUUUGUUCGAUUCCCUGAUAGGACUCAAGUAUCAGAAUCUGUACUUUACUGAGAAAAUGAAAUUCCAAAUAGAACAUUGGGCACAUUGUUGUCCAGUGUACGCGACACGAAAUCUUUCUUUUUUUAGAUUAAUGUCGAAUGUACAUAGGGCGUAAAUCUUUUUACAUUGUGGUAAAUGCAUUCAGUUUUGUAGAAAGAACAUUUAUUAUGAACAAUGCUGAACCUUUUGCCGUAGCGUUGUGACGUGCUGUGACGAUCGAUGUGUGUACUUUCUAGUCAUGUGAUACCCUAGAUUCGCUGUAUAUGCAUGCAUACGUCUGGUAUUGGCACCCUGCUACUGGUGGGGUAACCUUCAGAUUUCAAUUAUUGGUGUCAGUGCAGGUUGAGAAGUGACCAUAUUCUAUCAAACUUAUAACUGACUCUUUAGAAUUAGCUAGGUGUAAGUCGUGUACACAAUUGCAAGAUUCUGAAACAACGUGUUAUGAUAAUAUCAUACUGGUAAAGCGAAAUGACCUGAUGCUGAAACUACGUUUAUGACGAAUACGCAUAUCACGAACUGACGGAUAUAUCGAACUGUAUUUCUGGUCCUGACAACUUACUGAAAAACAUUGGUCAAAAUGCAUAUAACGAACUGCGUUUGUCACGAAGUGAAAUUAGUGGUUCGUUUGAGUUCGAUAUAACCGUAGUAUUAAACAAUACACUGUACACGAACUAAGAUGGUCACUUCUUGGUAAGGCAUCUGUGAAACCACAAGCGCUAUAGGAUAGGCCCUGUGAGUAUUUGUAUAUAUACCUCAGUGAGAACACAGUCACCAGUUAACCAUAUGCACAUGAAUCAGUUACCUUAUUUAUGAGUUCCAAUGUGGACAGGUCAGAAGGGUCAUCCUUCGUCCAGGGUCGGAACAGAAGCGCGUUUCAAUUUUUUUAAAUACAUAUUCCGUCGACAUUUUCAUUUUUUAGACGUUUCUAUCGCCCUAAAAUAUGUUAAUUCAAUAUUACAUGCAUUCGCUGACGCGCCAUUUAUAUGUGUAUGCAUAAAGAUAAAUGUUUCAUUCCUCUUAAGUAAAUGCCCCGUAGCAAUGAACCCGUUUUAUAUUGACUGGUUCCUGACUGUCUGUACGUAGGGUCACUCUCAUAUGGAGAAAAGAAGCAGCCGCGUUGUAUCGUUUUUUUUGCCUUAUAUAACAUGUCUUUAGAUAAGAUAGUGACAAAGAAAAUGUAUGUUUGAAUAUUGUCCAAUUACAAAACACAAAAUCAAAAUAAAAGCAAAGGGAUCGAACACAACUUGAUUUUACAAUUGCCAUCCUGGCACCUUGAUACCUUUUCCCUUAAAAAUAUAAAUAAAAACUUCGCAGUUUUCUGAAAAUAUUAUUUUAACAAAUAAUACUCAGCGUCUAUUAGUUUAUUGAUAUACUCAGCAUUAGGGUAGAGGUCAGGUUGUAGAGGGGCGUCAUUGGGAGUCCUUUAUAGAACAAACAGGCUUAAAGAGUGUCCCAAUCUAGGUCUAGACGUAAUUAGUGCUACUUGUGAAAGUAAAACAUCAUGUGCGUGUUAUAACCAUUAACUGCUGAGGUAAUAAAGCAUUAUCCAUCAUUAAUUUGAGUCAUCAGACUGAAAAAUUGUCUUCAUAACGUUGAAUCACAUGGGGUAGGGCUGUCAGUUUCGCGGCGCCCAGUCCUCUUUUAAACAGACCCACAAAUCCGUUGCUGUUUCUCUGGAAUCAAAUGUGUAUUUCUUCAAUUGGUAUCUGCAUCAGCCCCGAGAUGCGGACUUCAUUUUGUUUUAAUGGAGCUCCCAUUUGGUUCCUUGUUGUGUUUUUAAAGUAAUUAUUUUCUUAUUGACGACUGUCUAAAUGGGUUUCCUAUCCUCAAAUUGGUGUGCUCAUCUUUCACAUCCAUAACCACAGUAAAUAAAGAUGUUCGUCAUU